UCCCGGGACUCGCCCAGCUGUACCCGGCUCCCUCCUGCGGUGCGCGGCGGGCUCCCAGCCUUACAAAUCGGGCUGUUCCCGUUACUUUGUGAGUAGCCUUCUCCCUGCGCGACAUCUACCGGUUUCCCAGCUGGCAGCGCUGAGUCCUCAUUCCUCCUCUUCUUCUUCUUCUUCUUCACCUUUCUCGGAAUCACCGCCCAACCUUCUGCCCGACCUCUGAGAGAAUGGAAGUUGCAGGGCAGUGAAUGCCAUGGCAGAGGGGCCUGACGGGGGGUACGAACUGUUCCCGGAGCAUGGCCGGGGCAGGGAGCGCAGGACUGGGGUCACCGAGGCCAGCCUGAUGGAAGCGGCAAAGGCGGCACCUCGGAGAAGCAGUAUUAUCAAGGAUCCAGCCAACCAAAAGCCAGGUAGAAAAAAAACGGUUUCAUUUAGCAGCAUGCCAUCAGAGAAGAAAAUCAGCAGUGCCAAUGACUGCAUUAGUUUUAUGCAAGGAGGCUGUGAACUGAAAAAAGUGCGCCCAAAUUCACGCAUUUACAGCCGUUUCUUCACUCUGGAUCCUGACUUGCAGGCCUUGCGUUGGGAGCCUUCAAAGAAGGAUCCUGAAAAAGCCAAGCUGGAUAUUUCUGCCAUUAAAGAAAUAAGACUUGGAAAGAACACAGAAACAUUUAGAAAUAAUGGCUUGGCAGAUCAAAUUUGUGAGGAUAGUGCAUUAUCCAUAAUUCAUGGAGAGAAUUAUGAGUCACUGGACCUGGUGGCUAAUUCUGCCGAUGUGGCUAAUAUUUGGGUAUCAGGCCUAAGGUAUUUGGUUUCCCACAGCAAACAACCUUUGGACUCAGUGGAAGGUGGGCAGAAUACGCCAAGGUUACAAUGGUUAAACUCAGUCUUCGAAGCUGCUGAUGUAGAUGGGAAUGGGAUCAUGCUGGAAGAUACAGCAGUAGAACUAAUUAAACAACUCAAUCCUGCAAUCAAAGAGGCAAAAGUUAGGUUAAAAUUUAAAGAAAUUCAAAAGAGCAAGGAAAAGUUAACUACCAGGGUGACCAAAGAGGAAUUCUAUGAAGCAUUUUGUGAGCUAUGCACAAGGCCAGAGGUGUACUUUUUACUGGUGCAGAUAUCUAAAAACAAGGAAUAUCUAGAUGCAAAUGACUUGAUGUUGUUUUUGGAAUCUGAACAGGGGAUGACUCAGGUAACAGAAGAAAUGUGCCUGGAUAUCAUCCAAAAAUAUGAACUGUCUCAGGAAGGAUGUUUGAAAGGUUUUCUUACAAUAGAUGGUUUCACUCAGUAUCUGGUGUCCCAUGAAUGUGAUGUAUUUGAUCCUGUCCACAAAAAAGUUUGCCAGGAUAUGGCACAACCAUUGUCACACUACUAUAUAAACUCUUCUCAUAACACGUACUUGAUAGAAGACCAAUUUAGAGGCCCAGCAGACAUCAAUGGAUAUGUAAGGGCUCUGAAACUGUCCUGCAGAAGCAUUGAGCUUGAUGUCAGUGAUGGACCAGAUAACGAGCCAAUAAUCUGCAAUCGCAACAGUAUGACAUCAUCCCUCGCCUUUCGUAAUGUAAUUGAGGUUAUUAAUAAAUAUGCUUUUAUUUCUUCUGAGUUUCCCCUUAUUCUUUGCAUUGGAAACCAUUGUUCAGUGCAACAACAGAAAGUCAUGGUGCAACACAUUAAGAAGAUAUUUGGAAGCAAACUUUUUACAGAAAGGCCUUUGCCUUUAGAGUCCUACUUACCGUCUCCAGAAAAACUGAAAAAAAAGAUCAUUGUGAAAGGAAAGAAGCUGCCUUCUGACUAUGAUCUUUUGGAAGGGGAGGUAACAGAUGAAGAUGAAGAAGCAGAAAUGUCUCGUCGGAUGUCAGAGGACUACUUUGGAGAACAGAGGCUAAUUACACUUUGCAAAGAACUGUCAGACUUGGUGUCAAUUUGUAAAUCGGUGCAGUACAGGGAUUUUGAUGUCACUAUGAAAAGUCAAAAUUAUGGGGAAAUUUGCUCUUUCAGCGAGAGCCAAGCCAGUCGGAUUGCCAAUGAGUAUCCAGAGGAUUUUGUAAACUACAAUAAAAAAUUUUUGUCCAGAGUAUAUCCAAGUCCAAUGAGGAUAGACUCCAGUAACUUAAACCCACAAGAUUUUUGGAAUUGUGGGUGCCAGAUUGUGGCUAUGAAUUACCAGACACCUGGUCCAAUGAUGGAUCUUAACAUUGCCUGGUUUAUGCAGAAUGGGGGGUGUGGGUAUGUACUCCGGCCUUCCAUAAUGCGAGAUGAGAUUUCUUAUUUCAGCGCAAACACCAAAGGCAUGGUACCUGGUGUGUCACCUCAGGUCUUGCACAUAAAGAUCAUUAGUGGGCAGAACUUUCCAAAACCGAAAGGUGCCUGUGCGAAGGGGGAUGUAAUUGAUCCAUAUAUUUGCAUAGAAAUUCAUGGCAUUCCUGCUGACUGUGCAGAACAGAGGACUAAGACCGUACAACAGAAUGGUGAUAACCCCAUUUUCGAUGAAAGCUUUGAGUUCCAAAUAAACCUUCCAGAGUUAGCUAUGGUCCGUUUCAUGGUUCUUGAUGAUGACUACAUUGGAGAUGAAUUUAUUGGUCAGUACACAAUACCUGUUGAUUGCCUACAACCUGGAUACAGACACGUGCCUCUGCGCUCUUUCGUUGGAGACACACUGGAGCAUGCCAAAUUAUUUGUUCAUGUGGCUAUCACCAACCGUGGAGGAGGAGGAAAGGCCCAAAAGAAAGGCUUGUCUGCCAGAAUAGGAAAGAAAGCCAGAGAGUAUACCAUGCUGAGAAACACUGGCCUUAAAACUGUAGAUGACAUCUUUAAACUUGCAAUUCACCCUUUGCGGGAAGCUUCUGAUGUCAGGGAAAACAUGCAGAAUGCAUUGGUCUCACUGAAGGAGCUCUGUGGUGUGCCGACCAGUGCCAGCCUGAAACAGUGCAUACUAUCCUUGGCCACGCGUCUUGUAAAUAGUGACAGCACACCAUUAGUUUUCCUCAACAUGAAGGACAACUACCCUUAUCUGGAGCCAGUAGGAGCGAUCCCAGAUGUUCAGAAAAAACUUCUCACUGCCUAUGAAUUGAUGAUACAAGAAAGCAGAACCCUUUUUGAGUCAGCUGACACGAUUCAUGACAAAAUUUUGCAAUGCCAAAAAACAGGAAUGGAAUUUCACGAAGAACUGCACAGUCUAGGGACCAAGGAGGGAAUCAAAGGAAGAAAACUCAACAAAGCCAUUGAAAGCUUUGCUUGGAAUGUCACUGUGUUAAAGGGUCAGGGAGACCUGUUGAAGAAUGCGAAAAAUGAAGCUACAGAGAACAUGAAGCAGAUACAGCAGGCCUGUGUCUCUAGCGGCCUGGGCAAGGCUUCCAGUACCACAGCUGAUGCCAAAUCCAAGAGAGGCUUGGCAGCAAUAGAGGAGAAGGAUACAGGGGAGGAAAAUGGCCGACUGUGAAAUUCACCAAUUACAGUGUCAACUAAUCGACUAGAGAAGAUUUUAGAUUUCUUAUAGAAAACAGACAUUUUACUCACUUUAUCGUUUGAAUUCAUUGUCAGAAAUGUAUUUUUCAUUAUACAUGUAAAAAAAAAUUAAAGGUAAAGGUGGGCGUUCACAGACAGCCUAAGCUUGCUUACACUGAAGGAUAGAAUAAUGUCUGAAUUUAUAGUCUGAUAAUGGUGCCGCACAAUGUUUAGCUCCCUAUUCUGCGCACAGAUACUUACUCAUUAUAAUGUAUGUUUGUGGUCAGUUAUUUACAGCAGAUAAAUAAACAAUGUUUGUACAAUGAG